ACAGCAGUGGACUCGCUCUGCAGUUGCUGGCGAGAGGUACAGCUGUGCAGCUGAAGCAUGUGCGCGGAGCCAGCUGAGCGGAAGGCAGAAGAUGGUGACUCGGACUCAGGAGGGUUUGGCGCCACCGUCGCUGCCACUGCCUUUGUGUUGGUGUUGCUCUGGCUCUCCACGCCGGUGGAGGAGAGACCGAAGGCCUCGUCUUGGGUACAGACAGAAGAGCAGCAGACGGACAGCUACUUCUCAGCCGCCGGCAACGCAGCAGUCGGCGCCCUUCUCGUACUGCUGCUGCAGCGGCUCUGGCUGUUGCUCAAGUUGGUGCGUCUCUCCUGCGAGCCAGCCAACACGCCAUCUGCAGCCGUACACCAGAAGACCCUGGCAGCGGACCUGGGCGCGCUCCUUCAGUCUGGAGACUCUGCAGACGUCGUCAUAACCGUGGGGGACACCACGCUGAGGGCACACCGGGCUAUCCUGGUGGCCAGGAGUCCCGUGUUCGCGGCCAUGAUGGCCCACGACUGUCUGGAAUCUAGCAGUGGCCACAUCACCGUCACCGACAUCGAGCCGGAGGUGCUGAACCAGCUGCUGGUGUUCUUGUACACGGACGAGGCUCAGUUGGACCCCCGACUGGUCUUGAAACUCCUAGUAGCCGCCGACAAGUACCAGGUGCACACUUUGAAGGCACAGUGCGAGUACGUAGUCUCCCGGAACCUGCGCGUGGGGAAUGUGGUGGCGUGUGCGGUGCUCGCCAUACAGCACUCGUGCUCGUGUCUCACGGAGUCCUCCGUGCGCUUCAUUGCGGCCCACCUCAAGCAGGUGAUGGCCAGCGAGGGGUGGGCGAUGGCUGUGCGGAGGCACCCGGAGUGCAUGGUGGAGGUCAGUCGCCUGGUUGCAGCAGUUUCCUCAGACACCAGCGCACGAUCAGCUAGCAGAUCUGCUAGGUGACUUCAAGUGAAGGAUCGUGGUUCUCACCUGGUGUGGAGCAGUGAGGAUCGAAGGAGCCAUUGUUGUCACCACCAAUGACCAUGAGGUUUCCAACAACAGUGUGAUUUGCGUUUGGACACUCUGCCUGCUGACCUGUUUGAUGUGGCUCACCAUUUCUUCGCCACUGUAUUCAAGCUCUCCAUGUCAGAGUAGCACCUACACUGUUGACUCUGUAAUAGUUUUUUUGUCAGUCAUUAUAUACAUAACAUUAAACUGUACAAAAUGA